CUCUCUGGUGACGCUGCUUUCUGCUUUUGCAGCUGCCACCCGCCACCCCCUCGCCACCACCCCUGUCUGCUUAGCUAGUUUGCAAGGAGCCGCCUGAUUCUUGGGGCCCCAGCGCCAGAAGAAAAGGAAGAUAUUGGAGUCUGCGGAGCUCGAAAGAGCCUGAGCCCAGUGGGGUCUGCACCAUGUCGGCUAAAAUGAGGGAGAGGUUCGACCAGUUUCUGCAUCAGAAGAACUGCAUGACCGACCUUCUGGCUAAGAUCGAGGGCAAGACUGGGGUGAACAGAUCCUACAUAGCACUUGGUAUCAUCGGCUUGGUGGCUUUGUACCUCGUGUUUGGCUAUGGAGCCUCUCUGCUCUGCAACCUGAUAGGAUUUGGCUAUCCAGCCUAUAUCUCAAUCAAAGCUAUUGAGAGUCCCAACAAAGAUGAUGAUACACAAUGGUUGACCUACUGGGUAGUAUAUGGUGUUUUCAGUAUAGCUGAAUUCUUCUCUGACCUCUUCCUGUCAUGGUUUCCUUUCUACUACAUGCUGAAGUGUGGCUUCCUAUUGUGGUGUAUGGCCCCCAGCCCUUCAAAUGGUGCUGAAAUGCUGUAUAAGCGUAUCAUCCGCCCCUUCUUCUUGAAGCACGAAUCCCAAAUGGAUAGUGUGGUGAAGGACCUGAAAGACAAAGCCAAAGAGACUGCAGAUGCCAUCACUAAAGAAGCCAAGAAAGCUACUGUGAACUUAUUGGGUGAUGAAAAGAAAAGUACCUAAACAGCGAACUGGAUGAAAGCCCUCUUCUAUUCCACAUUUUACUCUCCUAUUACAGCUUUGUUAUGCUGGGGACUGUGGUAUAGUAAUAAUAAUAACAUUGCCUUGGAAACCUUUUUGAUCUAUUAAAAAGGAAUGUGUUGUAAGUUUUUUGCUUACUUUUUUGCUGCUGUCUGUAUAAGCAGUGAGCAUUUUAAUUUAAAAAUUUAUUCAAUGCAGUGGACAGUGUUCAAAGUUUCUUGAGAAUGUAUUCUUUUCCUCUUUGAGUUAGGAAAAACAUGUCAUACCACAGUGAAUUCAAAUAAAAUUAAAUAUCCCACAGGCUCUAUGCUUUACUGGCUUUUCUGUGCAUGUAUCUUCUUGUAUUUAUGGUUUGUGGGUUUUCAUGUAUUGUAUGAUUUUUGUACUAUGAUUCUUAAUGUUUUAAACCUUUUUGUGUACAUGCAAAAAAUGUUUCAAAGGGUAGAUUUAAACUAUUAUGCUAGAUAAGGUACAAUUUAACAAUAUGAAUUUUGUACCAAUGAUGUUAUUUCAGUGAUUGCCUAUGCCAUUUGUUACUGUUCUGUGCAAAAAGUGAAAGCACUUAUUUGAAUAAUUAUGAAAACCUAAUAAAAACAGCAUGAUGUCACUGGUUAGUUUUUUCCUAGGAUGACCUCUAUUAAGAAUGACAAUAUAAAAAAUGAUAGAAAAAUGGACAAUGAUAUAAUUAUUAUACAAUUAUGAAGUCUAAUGAGAUUUGUAUAGCUUUGUCAACUUAUUUAUAAUUAAUAUGUCUAGCUUUUCCCCCCCAAAAAAAUUACAAAAGUUGAAUACAUACAUAUCAAUAAUUAAAGGUCUGCUACAUCAGAUAGCAAGGAUUUUCUGUAAAUUGUCAAGUUUAUUCUAGUUUAUUGGAAUUUCACCUGCUGCCAUGUUUAGUCUUCCCUCAGUCUAGAUAAGAUUAUUUCUUAAGUCUUUUUGCAGAAACUAUCCCUGUUUUUUAAUUAUUUUCCUUUAAACACUAAUAAAAGACCUUUAAUUCUGACCACAUGCUGUAUAUCUGUGUAAUUUGAAUAACAUAAUCAUUAGAUCUAAAACCAGUGAUGGAGAGAAUAGAACAAGCAAGAAUUCACCAACUGAACUUUAAAUCUAAUUACAGGUUUUCUCAAAACUUCCCUCCAUUUUAUUCCUCUGGCUUUUUAAGUCAGAUAAGAGGCAACCUUGUCCUUUAAAUCAUGUUCUUGUAGUUGCCCAUUAAAUGCUUCAAUUUCUUUUUUCUGUUGAAAUUAUUUCCUGAUACCAGUUCAGGCACAGUCCAAAAGUUUGAAGUCACAUAAUUAUUGCAGGUCAAAUAUAUUACAGACACAUUGAUAGCAAAAAGGGCUGCAAGAAAACUGAAACUUAGAGAAUUUUUAGCUUCCUUUUGGCUUGGAUAACAAGAAGUUAACAAUCCCAUAAAUACCAAUUAGUAAAUUAUGUUCAAAAUUAUUGUACUUAAGAUAAUAUAUUUUAUUAGAUAAUCAGAUAUGAUCAUAAUGAGAAAAUAUAAAACUGAAAGGCAAGAUCUUAAAUAAUAUUAUACUAUAAUAAUGAAAGGCUAAUAUUAACAUUUUGAUAUGUAAUAAAUAGAAUUUGAGCAUUUGGGGGAAUAUAUUAAUAAUUGUGAAAAUUGUGAAUUUAAAUUUCCUUCCAAGUAUCAGUAAAGGUGAUUUUUUUUUUUUUUUUUGCUGAGGCAAUUGGGGUUAAGUGACUUUCCCAGGGUCACACAGCUAGGAAGUAAGUGUUAAGUGUCUGAGACCACAUUUGAACUCAGAUCCUCCUAAUUUCAGUACCCUAUCCACUGCACCACCUAGCUGCCCAUGAAUUAUUUCUUUUAAAAAAAAAAACCCUAAGUAAACCAUAUCACCAAAUCAAAGGAAAGCAAAAAUAAUUACUUGGGGAAAAAUCAAUUCCUAUAGCCAAAAUUAAAUUAUUUCUAAAGUUUCAAAUGUAUUUUCCUUGGAGAGAUGAACCACACUUUUCUGACAUAAAAAUAGAAUUACCUUAAAAUUUUAUAUAUAGAAUAUAUAUCAUUAGAUAAGUUGGGGGAUUCUAACUUUCUCUGUUGCUCUUAAGUUACAAGCUAUCAAUAAACAACUGCUGUUAGAUGUAAAGUAACAAUUCAAAAAUAUAAAAGCAUUUGAAUUGUGUACCUUUCAAAAAAUACUUCUCUCUGGAUUCAUUGGUUCCAGCAGCUGAAACACCAUUGUAAUUAAUAGAAAUUGUUAUUGUGAAAUUGCUUCUGUCAGACUUUUAUGAAAUAAAGGUCUCCUAGAAAAA